AUGUCCGCCCCCGGCGCGGCGCUGUCCGGCGCUGCCUUGCGCCGGCGCCAGCGGCUGGCGGCGGCCGCCCGCUGGGCCCCGCCCGGCCUGGCCCCGGCGGCCGGUCCUGCUGCUGCUGCCGCGGCCGCCGCCUCUCGCCCUGAGGCCGGCACGCCAGCGGCGGCUGGCGGCGGCGGCCCCGCCGGCGCGGCCGGCCCUGGUCCGGCCGGGGCCCGGCCCGUGGCCGCUGCCGCCCCCGGCGGCCUGGCGGCGGCGGCGGCCGGCGGCGGUCUUCCUCCUUCUGGUCCUCUGGCCGCCGCUGCUCCGGCUGCUGCCGCCGCGGCCGCCUCCCGCGGGCCGCUGGCGGCGGCGGCCUCGGCCGGCCUCGAGGCCGCUGCUCUCGCUGCCGCCCUGGGCGGUGGGGCCUUCUUGGCGGCGGCCGCCGCUGCUGCCGCUGCUGCCGCGACUGGCGCUUCGCCGGCGGCGGCGGCCGCCGGCGGCCUGCGGGCUGGCCUUGCUUCGGCUGGCCCGGCGCUGGGCGGGGUUGGGGGCCCGGCCCUGGCUGCCGCGGCCGCCGCUGCUGCUGCUGCCGCCGCUGCCGCUGCUGGCGCCUCGCCGGCGGUGGCGGCGGCGGACGGUGUGCUGGCCGGCGGUUCCGCCGCCGCUGCCGCUGCUGCCGCUGCCACCGGCCCUGCGGCGGCGGCGGCGGCGGACGGCGCGCGGGCGGGGGCUCCCGCGGGGCUGGACCUGGCGUGGCGGACGGCGGACGGCGCGCUGGCCGGCGGCACUGCCGCCGCUGCCGCUGCUGCCGAUGCCGCCGGCGCCCCGCCGGCGGACGUGGAUGCAGCCGCUAGCUGCCAACCUGGAGUGUCCCUUGUGGAUGGCGACGAAGGG